AUGCUAGUUCUGUACUCUCUCACAGAAGAUAAAUGCAUUGUGGUUUUACUAGCAUACAGUAUAGUUACAGCUUUAACCAUGAGUGAAGAGGCUUGUAGUUUCUUUUGGUCUUCACUUCAAUUUUCUAGAAUUCUAGGAAGUGAUACAACCCUUGGAACUGAUUGGGACAAAGUUGUUUUCACCAAUGGUUAUGACAAAGAAGGUCAUCCGGUUUACUACAAUGUUUUUGGCGAGUUUGAGAACAAGGAAUUGUAUCAAAAAAGUUUCUCUGACGACGAGAAGAGAAACAAGUUUAUCCGUUGGAGGAUUCAGUCAUUGGAGAAAAGUGUUAGAAAACUCGACUUUGCUCCAUCUGGAAUCGCUACUAUUGUUCAAAUUAAUGAUCUUAAAAAUUCUCCUGGAUUUGUUAAGAAGGAGCUUAGACAAGCUACUAAUCAGGCACUUCAAUUGCUUCAGGAUAACUACCCCGAAUUUGUUGCCAAACAGAUUUUUAUCAAUGUUCCUUGGUGGUACCUUGCCUUUUCUAGGAUGAUUAGUCCUUUCCUGACACAGAGGACCAAGAGCAAAUUUGUAUUUGCUGGCUCCUCCAAAUCUUCUGAUACCCUUUUCAAAUAUAUAGCUCCUGAGCAAGUGCCAGUUCAAUAUGGAGGACUUAGCAGAGAAGGCGAACAGGAAUUCACCACGGCUGACCCUGCUACAGAGGUUAUUAUCAAACCAGCAACAAAACAUGCUGUUGAGUUCCCAAUUUCUGAGGUGAGAAUAAAAACUUGUUUGAUAAUCAAUCUUAUCAUAGUUUUAAAUUGCGAUGUGGAUCUCAGAUUUUGGGGUAUAUUAGUAUUAAUUAUAGUUCUCCAACACUUGUUAAGGAUGGAAAAGUUAGCUAUAAAGAGUAAAGUAGCAAUGCUAAGAUUGAAGAAAAAGAGUCUCCAUUGGUUCUAUAUUGAUGAGUAA